AUGGUUUUUCCGCUUCAACCCAACACGCGCAACUACAACCAACCGAAACUCCAGUUACACUCCCAUGUGGAACUCAUCGAAACCACAGCCAACACGUUCUUACAGAAUGGUACUGAGAUUACCGGACCACCUAAGUGGCGGUAUGUCUGCGUUGCUCGCGCAGGUAGCACUAAGCACGUGGUUCCACCAAUAACAGCACUAUUAGACGCCGAAGCAAAAUGCAUACUUCGUCCACGCGCGCUUACAUUCUGCAACCCUUGCUUCGUGGGGAAAUGCGAUGAUGUCCAGUCUCACGCACAACCAAAGACGAGAGCACGCUACCACCCGUCGGUACAGUUUUCCACGUUGACCUCCACGCGGGUUUGCCAACGUCCCCAACAGGCUACACAUGCAAUAUUAAAUAUGUCGAUGCCAAUAACGGACAACCUUUUGUAUACCCACUCAGACAUAAAGACGAUGCCACUGCAACAUUGGACGAUGCGACGACGACCAGUCUCACGCACAACCAAAGACGAGAGCACGCUACCACCCGUCGGUACAGUUUUCCACGUUGACCUCCACGCGGUUUUCCACGUUGACCUCCACGCGGGUUUGCCAACGUCCCCAACAGGCUACACAUGCAAUAUUAAAUAUGUCGAUGCCAAUAACGGACAACCAUUUGUAUACCCACUCAGACAUAAAGACGAUGCCACUGCAACAUUGGACGUCUUCUACACAGACAUAGGAAAAGACUACCUUGCGAACCUUAGGGAACUCAAAUGUGAUCGCGGUGGGGAGUUUGUCUCCAAAGAAUUCAGGUCAACACAUUACAGCAUAUCAAGGUGA